AUGGAGCACUCUUCAGUACGUAACGCGAAGGAUAAAAAUGUUUUGAAUGGGGAUGAUACAGUUAAGGACAGCCAUGACGGAUCUGAAGAUGAAGUAGAAAAUGAAGGAAACAUAGCAAACAAGACGAUCGAAAAGAAGAGUCAGCCAGUAACAACUGCGGAUGUUAUGCGAGGACAUAAACUUAAACAACCAAGCAAUGAAGAAUCAACUGCAUCAGUUCCAGAAAAGGUGCCAGACUCGGAUGAAAAGGAAUUAGCGGAGAAAUUAAGAGAACUAGAUUUGGAACCAGAAGCUGGUGCUGAAAGUGUGUCAUAUAAAGAUCUGUUUAAAGAUAUUCGUGAUCUUCAUUCAGAGCAAGAAUUUAAUGAUGCAGAUUAUAAACUCUUUUGUGAAUUACUAGACGAGAACUUCAAUGUUAAAAGUCUUAUCAUCAAGCAUUUGAGAAGCAAUAAAGCCAUCAACCCAUAUGAGUUAAAUCUUGGAGACAUUUGCCUACCUGGGACAAUCGUUGAAGUAACGAACGGCAAUAAAAACAAAUGCUUCGAGGAUGCAACAUUGAAGACUACCGGUGUUUAUGCAUGGGAAAUAAAACUUACGAAGGCAGAGCUGCAAAGUAUAUGCAAGGCGUGGAACCAUUACAUUCGAUUAACCGGAGAAAGAGUCGGCUUAAAUGAUUACCUUUUGAAACAACUUUACCACGGUCUUAAUGAAUAUUCAUAUCUGAAUGAAUUUUCGUUUCUGUAUAUCGGGCAAACUGAAAAUACAGUCGGGGGAAGGCUCAGUGACGAAAUGAAUGCUACAUUUGGUGGCAAACCGAGCACGUCGCAAAAGACAUUAACUUAUUUUUUGCAUAUAUGGUUUGGAUGCUUUGGCUAUCCUACACGGGUGGGUUUGAUUUCAAGAAAUGGCUCACCUGAUAUGGAAGGAUUGGUUGGCAAGGUACUCAAUGCUCAGGCAGCUAAACAAUUUGACAAUAAAGGAAACGUGAUCAAUCGGGAACAGCUGGGACCUCGUUGA